GGAGGGGGAGGCGGUGGCGCGGGGCGGCCCCGCCGAGGAUGCUGCGGCUGCGCUGCAAGGCCCGCAGCGGCACCCACCCGCUGCCCGGCCUCACGGCCCACUCCCGCCUCCGCGACAUGCAGGCAGCCCUGGCUGCCCUCACUGGCGUCCCCGCCACGGCUCAGCGCCUCCUGCUGGGUUUCCCGCCGCGGAGCCUGGACCUCAGCGACGGCGAGAGGAGGCUCGGUGACCUCGGGAUCCACUCGGGCGACACUCUGAUAGUUGAGGAGGACGUUUCCAAGCCCAAGCCCGACUCGCCCGUGGUCGCCAAGAGAGCCAUGUCUCACCCGCUGAGGGAAGCUGUGCCCGUGCUGGCCAGGAGGGUCGUGCCGGCAGACAACUCCUGCCUCUUCACCAGCGUUUACUACGUGGUGGAGGGAGGCGUGUACGACCCGGGCUGCGCCCCGGAGAUGCGCAGCCUCAUCGCCCAGAUCGUCGCCAGCGACCCCGAGUCCUACUGCGAGGCUGUCCUGGGGAAAACCAACAGGGAAUACUGUGACUGGAUCAGGAAAGAAGAGACUUGGGGAGGAGCCAUCGAGGUGUCCAUUCUGUCCAAGUUCUACCAGUGCGAGAUCUGCGUGGUGGACACCCAGACCGUCCGCAUCGACCGCUUCGGGGAGGACGCCGGCUACACCAAGAGGGUCCUCCUGAUCUACGACGGGAUCCACUACGAUCCCCUGGAGAGGAGGAUCCCCGACACGGACAUUCCUCCCCAGACCAUCUUCUCCGCCGCCGACGACGUGGUCCUGGCGCAGGCCCUGGAGCUGGCCGACGAAGCCAGGAGGAAGAGGCAGUUCACCGACGUCAACCACUUCACGCUGAGGUGCAUGGUGUGCCAGAAGGGACUGACGGGGCAGGCGGAAGCCAGGGAGCACGCCAAGGAGACUGGGCACACCAACUUCGGGGAGGUGUGACGCCCGCGUGAGGACGGUCGCUUCCACUACCUCACCACCCCGGGACGGCCUCCCGGGCGUCCCGGUAAGCUGUACGUAACCCCACAGUUCCGUUCACCGAGGCUUGAGACGCGAGUUGAGGGCUGGCCCAGGCACGCAGCUCGGCUCUGCCUAAGGACUCCGCCGAUGGAUCUCACAUAGGAAUCUCCUCGCAUGCUGAUCUCUAGGACUUUGGCAGGUGGUUGGUUGGUGCUGGCAGCUGAACGCUUGGUGGCUUGAAAGAGCCUCCCCCUUGGUGGGCAUCGUCUGCAGCAGAGACA